AUGUCUGACGGGAGGCAGCGAACUCUGUCCACCGCAGGCGAGUCUCUCUAUCACAUCCUGGAUCUGGAGAGGGGCUGCAGCCAUGAGGAGAUCAAGAAGUCCUACAGGAAACUGGCGUUGCGCCACCAUCCUGAUAAAAACCCCGAGAACCCGGACGCUGCCGAGAAGUUCAAGGAACUGAACAGCGCCCACGCCGUCCUGUCCGACCUCACCAAGAGGAACAUCUACGACUCCUAUGGAUCCCUCGGACUCUACGUGGCCCAGCAGUUCGGAGAGGACAACGUUAACACCUAUUUCAUGUUGUCCACCUGGUGGGCUAAGGGUCUGUUCGUGGUGUGUGGCGUCCUGACCGGAUGUUACUGCUGCUGCUGUCUCUGCUGCUGCUGCAACUGCUGCUGCGGAAAACUCAAACCCACGCCUGCCGGGGAGGGGGCGGAGCCUGACUACAUCUCCCCUGACGACCUCGAGGAAGAGAUACGCAACGACCUCGACAAUAAUGUUGAGACUCCGAUCGUUCAGCAGCCGACAAACGCCGGCGAGAAAACUCAGCUGAUCACUGACGGACACCGAAGAUACGGAGACACCUUCACAUGA